CGAACAGCAAACAUGUCGGUGAAGAGAGGACUCGCCGUUUUCAUCGUCUCAAGUGAAUUCGUUAGUGCUCAGCUGAAUGUCGCCGUGUAUCUCGAUGCAACGUACGCUAUUGAGCAAGCACAAGGCCUAAUUUGCGGUGGUGUUGGAGAUCGGCCGACUGGAACAGCAUGCCCGCUUAAGGGGGCUGUCGCUAUUGCGGACUGUAACUCGACAUUUCCGUCAUACAACGGCACGGAUUGUGUUGCUCCAGUGAAUGCAGAGUGCGUCGUCGAUGCAGAUUCCAAGUGGAACUGUGUUUUUCCUGACAACAGAAGCAAUGGAAACGAUGCAGAUGACGACUUGGUGAGUAUACUGGCGAUUUUUAGCGAGUCCUCGGAGGAGUCCCCGUGGGGAGAUCUGCCGUGGAGAGCGCCUCCACCUUUAGAUUCCUCCUUUAAUGUUGGGGAUAGAUUUACAAGAAGCUCCGAGCUACAACUAGAGUAAACGCAAAUGUAUCAUAGUCCAUGUCCCCUGUUUUGGCAGUAACGCAUCAAAGCACCGUAUUUG